AUGACAUCAUUUAAGGCUGGGGGCCUCCCUUCACCGAACCGACAGAAGCCCAAUCAAACACAGCCCAUGUUCCUUGUGAUGUACGAAGUAUUCUUCAAACACUUGAAGUCUGUUGGUGUGCAGUUUGGACAGUGCUUCCAUGACAUUGCAAAGAAUAAGGGUGGUCGCCCGGAGAUUCCAAUCCCCAUGUUAGCCAUAGUCUGCACUGCUAUUCGCGCUAUCCUACUUGCAAAGAAGAACGGGUCAAAUGAUGACUUCAAGUUCACUGGUAAUCAGUUUUUAGAUAUUUAUAACCACCAUGUGUUGUUGUUUGGGAGCAUCCAGAAAAAGGCACCUGUCAAGUAUCACAAAAUGAUGUCUGAUAUAUAUGACGAAGUCUGUCGCUUCCAUCAUAGCAUUGCUGGAGCCUAUGACCAGGAUGAUAGCCUCUCGUUCUUGGACUUGGACGGCAUGGAAGAUGAGUAG